AUACUGGGGAGGGCAGCCAAGCCCAGCUUCUAUCAACACGGAGACGUCAACGUCGGUGGGGUCUUCUCAUUGCACAGCAAUCCAACAGAUAUAACCAUCCAAUUCGCAGCCACACCAGUGCCCCUAAAGUGUGCAAGAAUUAACUUCAGAGAAUUCCGGUUGGCUCAGACCAUGAUCUUUGCCAUUGAGGAAAUAAACAACAGAUCUGACCUUCUCCCAUUUGUAUCUCUUGGAUACAAGAUAUAUGAUUCUUGUGCUUCUACUACGUUCUCUGUACGAUCAGCCAUGGCUCUGAUGAACGGUUAUGAAGAAACACUGUCUGACACGUCAUGCUCCACACCUGCAGUAGUGCAGGCCAUCAUUGGAGAAUCUGGAUCUACUAACACUAUUGCAAUGGCUUCUGCUGUUGGAUUAUUUCAAAUUCCAGUGAUCAGUCACUUCUCAACAUGUGCAUGUCUGAGCAACAGAAAAGAAUUCCCCACAUUCUUCAGAACCAUUCCCAGUGACUAUUACCAGAGCAGAGCACUGGCUCAGCUGGUGAAGCACUUUGGCUGGACUUGGAUAGGAGCAGUGAGGAGUGACAGUGACUAUGGCAACAAUGGGAUGGCCACAUUUAUAAAAGCUGCUCAACAAGAAGGGAUCUGCAUUGAGUAUUCAGAGAAAUUUCACAGAACAGAACCAGAUAAACUACUUAAUGCUGUUGAUGUUAUCAGCAGAAAUACUGCAAAGGUAGUUGUCGCAUUUCUUUCACAACUAGACAUGAACAGCUUAUUGGAGCAGCUGAACCUGCAAAACAUUACUGGUCUCCAAAUAGUAGGCAGUGAAGGCUGGAUAACAGCAAGCAAUCUAGUGACACCUACAAGUUUCCGAAUACUGGGAGGGUCAAUUGGUUUUGCGGUAAGCAAAGCAAAAAUAAAGGGCUUGAAGGAGUUUGUGCUGAAACUUCAUCCUUCGCAAAACCCAGACAAUAGUGAUAUUGUGGACUUUUGGGAAACUGCUUUUCAAUGUUCUCUGACCAAUGGAGAAAAAAUACCUCACAUUAAUCCCUGUACUGGAUCUGAGAGCUUGAGUGAACUGGAAAACCAGUACACUGAUGUAUCAGAGUUGAGAAUCUCCAACAAUGUCUACAAAGCAGUAUACACUGUUGCUCAUUCUCUGCAUGAUGUGCUGGCAUGUACACCCCAUCAAGGAUGUCUAAGUAAUAUGAAAACAGAGCCCUCACAGGUGCUUGAAGCUCUGAAAAAAGUAAAUUUCACUUUGGGAACUGGAGAGCAUGUCUCCUUUGACAAUAAUGGAGACCCGGUAGCCAGAUAUGAGGUGGUGAACUGGCAGCUUGGUCCUGAUGAUGCAGUGAAGUUCAGAGUGGUUGGCUACUAUGAUGCUUCUUUACCAUCUGGUCAGCAGUUUGUGAUGAGUGCUAUAAGCAUGGUUUGGGCAGGUGGACAAAAAGAUAAACCCAGGUCAGUGUGCAGUGAGAGCUGUCCCCCAGGCACUCGGAAGGCUGUGCAGAGAGGAAGACCAGUCUGCUGCUAUGACUGUGUGCCCUGUGCUGAGGGUGAAAUCAGCAAUACAACAGAUUCUAAUGACUGUAUUCUCUGCGCAAAUGAAUACUGGUCUAAUAAAAAAAGAGAUCAAUGUGUUUUAAAGGUGGUUGAAUAUCUGUCUUUUAAAGAAAUUAUGGGAAUAGUACUUGCUAUUUUUUCAUUAUUUGGAGCAUGUGUAACUAUACUUGUGGCUGUGCUGUUCUUCAUAAAGAAGGAUACUCCCAUUGUGAAAGCCAACAACUCAGAGCUGAGCUUCCUGCUGCUCUUUUCAUUGAAACUGUGUUUCCUUUGCUCUCUUACCUUCAUCGGCCGGCCCUCUGAGUGGUCCUGUAUGCUGCGCCACACUGCGUUUGGGAUCACCUUUGUCCUCUGCAUUUCUUGUGUUCUGGGGAAAACAGUAGUGGUGUUAAUGGCCUUCAGGGCUACACUUCCAGGCAGUAAUGUCAUGAAGUGGUUUGGGCCACUCCAGCAGAGACUGAGUGUUCUUGCUUUCACCCUCAUUCAGGUCCUUAUUUGUGUGCUUUGGUUAAAAAUAUCCCCUCCUUACCCCAACAAGAACAUGAAGCACUACAAAGAAAAGAUCAUUCUAGAAUGUGAUGUAGGAUCAGCAGUGGGGUUCUGGGCUGUACUGGGUUAUAUUGGGCUCCUCUCUAUAUUAUGUUUUGUUUUAGCUUUUCUGGCUCGUAAGCUGCCUGACAACUUCAAUGAAGCUAAAUUCAUCACAUUCAGUAUGCUCAUAUUCUGUGCAGUCUGGAUUGCCUUUUUACCUGCUUAUGUCAGCUCACCUGGAAAGUUCACUGUAGCUGUGGAAAUAUUUGCCAUUUUAGCUUCCAGUUUUGGUUUGCUUUUCUGUAUUUUUGCACCGAAGUGUUACAUCAUUCUGUUAAAACCUGAAUUAAAUUCGAGAAAACAUAUGAUGGGCAAGGUGCCCUCAAAAUCUCUUUAA